AUGGCGGCGCGAACGAUUGGCGUGCCCACCUCGGCUGCUCGCUUUUCGUCCAGACGAGCCUACCGGAACGACGAUAUCGAACAGCAGCGGAAUGUCGAAAACAAUAUUCAAACAAGAUUCCUGCGAGGAUACGACCUCAACUCCAGGCUCCCGCUCCGGCAGCACAACAACGGCUUCAUCCGAAUCCCAGCCUCGAUUUGCCACGAGAUUUGGCGGGCUGCGCCUCGGAUUAUCCAGGGCCUGUGGGAUACAGGGAUUAUCCCUGGGGCUAUUUUAAUACUUGUCUUUGGGGGGAUGUUUUGGGUUCAUUUAUUCCGUCCCAUUGGGUGGCUGCCCCGGUACCCGCAAACAGGGUUAGGAAUAUAA